GCGCAUUGCCAUGUAAAUAUGGAGGAGGAGAAGAAGUGAAACAAGUGUUUGGCAACAUUUAUUUCAUGUUUUCUUGUUUAGACUGGUAUAGGAGCUGAUUACCAGCAACAAUGGCUCUAGGACUGGACCUAGCCGAGCUGUCGAAACAUCUGAGACAGGAGAGACUGUUUGUUACGUCAGAAAGGGAACAACUUCAAAAUCUUUACGAACAGGUGAAAACAUCUGCAGAACAGUUGUAUCAUCAGUCAUGGAUUGGUCGUCAACAGAAAGACCUUCUUGAUCUCCUGAUACGGUCCGCUCAACAGGUGACCCCGGCGCAGUGCUGCAGUCAGACCAACCAGCUAGAAUCCCUCAACUUUGUGGACGGAUAUAAACACCUGAGUUAUCAUGAUUCUAAGUAUGGCGAAUUUAUGAAAUUUCUGGUGGAAAACCCAACUCUUUUAGGACAAAUUUUGUACAUGGCCGAUCAAAAUAAUAUACCGAAUGUGCAAGAAAUGGUGAAAGUAUUGAUGCAUUCUGUUUUUGGAAAUUGUGUCCUGCAAGAAGAUGAGACUAGCAUGCUUCAUUUGUUGAAAACUUUACUUGACCUCCAGGUGGCGCCCUGUGAUAACCCAAGGCGAAUGCUAAGACGCGGAUCUAGCGCGUUUAGCAUUGCAUUUAAACAGUUGUUUGACAUUGUGUUCUCUGCGAAACUUUUCCUGACGGCGUCAUUGCAUGACCCAGUUAUGAGGCUUCUCAUGGAGGACGAAUGGUUCUAUGACAUUGAUCCAGGAAAGGCGUUAGUUCGGUUCCCACCUCAGGAAAGACUGCGCAGAUUCGGGGAACCAGGCACAGACUCUUAUAAGGAAAAAUUGGUCAAAUAUAGAACAACAAUAGUGGAUAAAUUAGUGCUGAUGGCCAGUAGAUUUAUUACAUCUAUCAAAAAUAACAUGCAUUGCUUCCCACCAAGUUUGGGAUGGAUUAUAUCUCAGGUAUAUCAAACACUGGCUAAAAGUGGUAAGGUAGAGAUGGGAGAGGUGCGGGCCGUGUGUGCUGAUCUCGUGUUUGCCCUGUUUAUAUGCCCCGCAGUAUGUGACCCCGAACCGUAUGGUAUAACCACCGACGUACCUAUAAGCCAUAUAGCAAGACAUAACUUGAUGCAGAUGGCACAAAUUAUUCAAGUGUUGGCCAUAUCACAGUGGGAAGAAAUAGAUCCCAGACUGCAUGACUUGUAUGGAAAGUUUGAAAAGGGUUGUAUGUCAACGUUGCUAGAUUCUCUACUAGAUGGCAUAGGAGUUGAGCUGCCAUCCACCAACAAUGCCCAGCUUCCUUGCUUAACUAGAACCUCUUCACUCAUACAGUUAUCUCAUUUGAAUAGUCUGAUUUCCUUCCUAAAGUCUGCUCUGCCAUUUGUAGAGGAUAGUACAGAGAAGAAAUGUUUGGAUGAGCUUCUAUCUGCCCUGGUCCUUGUAACACCCCAGACGGCAGUACAGAACCCUCUUGCCAUGAUUGGGUCUCCAAGUAGCAAUACCCCACCUGGUACUCCUGUUACUCAUAAAAAGUCGAAAGGUAAGAAGAAGAUGUCAGUGGCCUCUGUGAUGACCCAGAUAAGCCAUGUAUCUGAUGAAACUGCCAGCAUGUCCUCAAUGUCAUUGGAUGCACCGGAAGCCCAGCCGACCAAUCAGAUGGAAGAUGUACUUGUGCUUUCUCUUGGCGAUGACUUAGAGUGCCCGGGUAUGAUGUCUGAACAAAAGGUUUUAUCUUUUGAGCAAGAAAAUAAGCGGAGGAGGGUGAAGUACCAGACUGUGCAGGGUGGAUAUGUGGUUGGACCAGUAGAGAUUCAGGAAAAGAGGACAAGAUUUUCACUGUCACAUGACCAGGAAUCUAUAGGAAACACAAGUGACAUUCCAGAGGCAAUAUCAGAGGGAGCAUCAAGCCACUCUGUCGGUUCACAAGAUCUAGAGAAUGAUGAUGACAACGAUAAUUUCUCCGACAUGAUCUCUGCUAAUGUAAGUGGGCGUGGCACACCAAACAUCAGUGGGAGUGGUCGAGACACGCCCCUUUCCCAGGCAGAAAGUGAACAAGAGGUUGCACCUCAUCCACAGCCAGCACUGCCUGAGACUGUACAGAAAAAGAACAGGGAAGAUGUAACUGAGAAGUUUGGGAAGUUUGAGAUCAAGGAAUUGGAUUAUGAUUUGAAGUCAACUGUCAGUGAUACCUGGAGUACAGAUGUGUUGGCCAGUGAUUCGGAACCUCCCGAGGGAAACCAGUCCGUCAGACUAGAGGAGAUCGCAGAGGAAAUGGUUCGGCAACAUCUUCUUGCUGAGAGAGUGUCGGAGAUUUCAGAAACUGCAAGUGAUGCAUGGAGUACAGACGUUCUGGCCUCCGACAAUGAAGAGAAACAAGCAGAAACAUUCUCAGAGUUUGAUGACAUGAGCAGCAUGGCAGAAACUGCCAGUAAUCUGGACGAUGUACGGAGUGAAUGUGAUGCUGCAGAGGGGAAUGAAGUUACUCCUCUUGCUUCAGGUUUCCAAAGUCCGAAUGAGGCAACAAGUAGAGACAUGUUUCCCAGUAGUGCCCUCAGUGGGGGUGGUACCUCGGUUACAUCAGAUAAUGUCAGUAUGUCACCAACAUUUUCUGACAGCGUCUUCUCGGACAUUGAUGUUGAUAGUCGAACAGCUAGGGGACCAAGAGCAUUGCCAGGCAACAAUUUGCCUAUGGACUCGAAUAGAUUAUUUGUGCCAAUAAAGAAAAAGCGGGCUCCUUCUCCACCGGGCUCGUCACCAGAUAGGGGAAGUGAUAGUGGAGGGUAUACGUCUAGUUCAUCGAAUAGGAAUAGACUGGUAGACUUUGAUUUAGAACCGAGGAAUUCAGGUGCAACUGACACUUAUAAUAGAACGGUGAAUGAGAUAGAAAAUUUGAAUUUAGCUUCUAAUAACACAGUUCCUAUUGACACAGGUGCUCGACCAAAAACACAGGUAAUAGGUAAACAUGCGUCUAACAGUGAUAAGAAAAAUAGGAAAAAUGUAUCCAAUUUAAAACUGAAAGAAAAUUUUAGUGAUGUACAAAAUGGACUCUUUAUGAUGGAGGAAAAUAGACCGCUAUCAAAGGAUUCUGGUGUAGGGUCCUCACAGUUUAUAGAUUCAGUGGAAUCUGGUGAUGUGAAACUGUCCGAGCAACAAAACAUGAAUGUCGACGAAACCCGUUUUUCAGCUGCCCUAAGUCUUUUUGACCCAUUAACACAGGAUGAUAAUACAAUGGCUAGUGGUGAUCUGUUAGAAGGGUCCACCACUAGCCCACCUGCAGGGCAUGCAUUUCAAAGCUAUACAAAUACAAACUUUCAAGAAAGUUCAGCUGGUGAGCCAUUGAUAUCUAUAUCGAACGAGAAAGAUACUAGUCAGUUUAAAUUUGAUCUUCCAUCUUCUGGAGUGAAGGAGAAUGGAGGUGUGAGCAGUGCCUGUGAUAUGUAUAUACAGUCAGACAGACAGACAAAAAGACGGGGAAGUUCGGACAGCAAUAGAUCAUCAGGGUCUAGUCUGUCAAAGGAUGACUCAGUUAAUGGUGAAAGGACCAGUCUGGAUAGUUCACAAAGGGUGGAUGAAAAGGAAUUACCAAAUGGUGACGAAAAUGCUACACCAGGAAAGAAGAGGGGGCUUUUCAAGACGUUUAAAGAUAAAAUACACAAAGUUGUAGAUGUAACAUCUCAGACUGCCGCAGGAAUCAAGAAGAAAGGAACCAGGCACGAGAAAGAGGCUGCAACAUCAGGAGACACCAGUAUAUUAGAUGUCAAUGGUACAGUUGAGGUUUCUGCUAAAGGUGCCGCUGUUGCCGAGCCAAAUAUCAUUAUAACAGAAACUUCAGAUGACAUUCUGGCCAAGUACAGAAAGAAGUCGAUAUUGACCAGCACACCAAGUUCCGAGCCAGCUACGUCUGACAGAGAAAGGAGAUUGACCCUUAAAGACGAUGAUACAACCCCACUGUACGACCCCAACAACCUGGAGAACUGUUUAGCAUUCCUAGAUGCCAAGAGAAAACUUAGGAUAGUUCUUGGUUCAGCAGACUUUCAGCAAGUAGGUUACAGUAUAUUUGCACACAGUACAGUAACGUACAGUCCUAGAGAAUUGGAUAUGAAUCGGGACAACAACGAUCUGGUGAACUUACUGCGUACACAACUUUCUGAGGCCAUAAAUCUGCAGAAUAAAGACACCAUAGCUCAGUUACAUGAGGCGCUACGUUGUGUAAGACAGUUUGACAGUGAAGGAUGUAAGAAGCUGGUCAGAUCUCUACAGGAGGAUUACCGUAGCAGGUCUAGCUAUGUCUCGUACCUAGUCAGAUGUAAACAAGGAUUGUUGAAUACACUGUCUCAUAUACAUAGACUUCAGAGUAGAAUUAAAAGAGAGAAGGAGAUUUACAACAAGCACAUGACAAGUGUAUGUGUGAGGUUGUUCCUGGAAUUCUGGGAGAAACACGUCAUGAGCUUUAUAGCUGACUUCCAAAAGUUAACAGUGUCUGAUGAAAAGACUGACCUUCUGGAGAGAUUUCUGCAAUUUCUGUACCAGAAAAUGAACAGAGAUGUCAUUUGGCAAGCUGCUAGCGAGAACCAGUUAGAUGAUGCUGGUCUGGCAAUAGAGCGUUACUUGAUGUCUCGUAUAUAUACCCAUGCCAUGUUUCCAAAUGGAGAUGGUGACAUUCUCAGAGAUCAAAUUUUACAACAACAUGUCAAAGAACUCAGCAAAAUUAUCACUCCGGACCACAAGGACCUGAAAAUACCCAAAAUGUACCACUUAGAAUGUCCCUGGCCAGCGGCACAGAGAGAACUCUACAUGAUCAAUGCAUACAAGACACCAAAAGAUAAGGUCAAAUGUGUGCAACGUUGUGCUGCAACUAUUAUGAACUUACUGAGCAUGGCGAACGAAAAAUCUGUUCCGGCCGCAGACGAUUUUACUCCGGUGUUUAUAUUUGUGAUAAUAAAAGCAAAUCCUCCGUGUUUAUUAUCGACUAUACAAUAUGUGAACAGUUUUUUCCAGGACCGUCUACAAGGGGAAGAGCAGUACUGGUGGAUGCAAUUCGUAGGUGCCGUAGAAUUUAUCAAAACGAUGGAUUACCAGAGGGAUUCAAUGGCUUAAAUUUCUAGGAAAUUAUAAAUAAUUUAUGUUGAAUACAGAAUAGUUAUAUAUAUAUAUUGCAAAUUAUUUAUAGCAGUGCUUUUUACACACACAGAGGGCCUUAAUAGAGAUGAAUAUUUACAUUUUUUCCAUUCUGCCCUUAUCUAAUACAACAGAUUGAAGUGUCCAGUUAUUUUCUCCGUUGCUUUUUAUUAAGAAACAAAUCUUGAUCUACAAAUAUUUCAGAAGUACAAAAGAAUAUGCAAGAAAUGUGAUAACUUUUAAUGGAGGAAUAUUUCAGAACUUGAAAAAUUAUGCAAGAAAUUAAUGAAUAGGAGAUUAAUUUUGGGAAAAAAAGACAGUGAAAUUGCUGUUUUGAUCUCUGAUUUCGUAGAUGUUAAAUCAUCCUGGUUAUGCCAAUAAAAAAGAAAUGUGAAAUUUGUUGUUGAAUGAAACAUGCUGCAUAUGCAUAUGCCACAUGAUAAAAUAUUAUUUGAGCCGUGCCAUGACAAAACCAACAUAGUGGGUUUGUGACCAGCAUGG